CUUCCCUCCUCCCCUCCUCCUCCUGUCCCCCCUCCCUUCCUCCUCCUCCUCCUCCUCCGGUCGGACGGCCACAUUCCCCGCUACCUUUCACCCCUGAGAAGCCCCGAUCUGACGGAGAAGCAGCGCGGACAAACCCCGGGACAACAUGGCGUCAGGUGUGACAGUGAACGAUGAGGUCAUCAGGGUGUUCAACGACAUGAAGGUGAGGAAGUCUUCGACCCAGGACGAGGUGAAGAAGAGGAAGAAGGCGGUUCUGUUCUGUCUGAGCGAGGACCGGAAGAAGAUCAUCGUAGAGGAGGGGAAGCAGAUUCUGGUGGGCGACAUCGGCGAGACCGUAGACGACCCAUACGCCUGCUUCGUCAAGCUUCUCCCCCCCAACGACUGCAGAUACGGCCUGUACGACGCCACCUAUGAGACCAAGGAGUCCAAGAAGGAGGACCUCGUCUUUGUCUUCUGGGCGCCGGACAGCGCUCCGCUGAAGAGCAAGAUGAUCUACGCCAGCUCCAAAGACGCCAUCAAAAAGAAGUUCACAGGUAUCAAACACGAGUGGCAGGUGAACGGGCUGGACGACAUCCAGGACCGCAGCACACUGGCCGAGAAGCUGGGCGGGAAUGUGGUGGUGUCUCUGGAGGGCAAGCCGAUGUGAUGUCAUCGCGGUGAGCCAAGCGGAGUCAAGCCAACCGCCGUGCCAUCUGGACCGAAGCACCUGACCCCACCUGAACACCGCCGCUUCACCCAGCAGCUUGCUCUGUCUGACCCACGUCCUGACGGCGUCUUUGUUUUCUUUUUGUUUUUUUUUGCUUUUUUCAACAUGAAGGAGAUCUCAUUAACAUAAUGAUAUGCAAGCCCCUCCCACUUUGUUGCCACCUGACUGUUCACCUGGCAGAAAAAACCCAACAGACCACGACACAAACCCCAGGAAGGUUGUCACUCUCUCACAGCCAGAGUUUUGCCAAAAAGUCGAUGUGAAGGAAGCAGCCACACGUGUCGGAGGCGAGCGCCACGCCGCACCGCGAAGCUCCGCCUCCGGCAGCUUUUUACAUAUGACUUUAUUUAUUAUUGUAAACUGUUGUUUCUUCUUCUGUGUUCAAACCAGGCAGACUUGUUGUUAGACUAUGCAUUCACCAGAGAAGAAGACGACAAUUGUAACCCAGCACCUUUUGUUGAAACACUACAGGUUGAAACACCACGCUAACGUUUGUCAUCAAGCUAACAUUUGUCACCUCCAUUUUCAUUCCCGUCUGGCUCAUCACCAUUCUAGCUGUUUAGUCGUCGCCUUACUUUCAGUUUGAAUGUAACCAUCCACACCAGUUAGUUAGAGUACGCUUUUAUUUUGUAAAGAAACACUACAGGAAGCUGAUUUGACCCCAGCAGUGAGAGACGACCCCGCCGCCGCCACCACAACUACAACGACAACAACAAGAACACAACAUCUGGAGCCUUAAAGUGAACGUUGUUUCUGAGAUCACAGGAAGCCACUUUGCAAUAAAAGCCUGUGGCCGAU